AUGUACGUGUGUGUGUGUGUGUUUGUGUGUGUGUGUGCGAGCGUGCGUCGGGCGGAGCCUAUGUUUGUGGGCGUGACGCAGGCCGUGUUGCCCAAUGACUACGAGCACAACCCCACGCAGCUCAACUACGGCCUGGCGGUGACCGACGUGGACGGAGACGGGGACCUCGAGGUAUUCGUCGCCGGGUAUAACGGUCCUAAUCUGGUGCUGAAGUAUGACCGCGCUCGUCGGCGCCUGGUGAACAUUGCGGUGGAUGAGAGGAGUUCGCCGUUCUAUGCGCUAAGAGAUCGCCAAGGCAACGCCAUCGCCGUAGUAGCAUGCGACAUCGACGGAGACGGACGAGAGGAGAUAUACGUACACAACACUAACAACGCCUUCUCAGGGCGCACCACCUAUCCGGAUAAGCUGUUUAAGUGGCGUAAUGAUCGAUAUGAGGAUGUACUGAGCGACGAGAUCAACCAGCACAGAGACGUGGCACACAGAGUAGCCGGGCGCUCACUAGCGUGCGUCGACCGCAAGGGUACAGGUGUGUAUGGCAUCUACAUAGCACACUACGCGAGCGGUAAUGUGGGUCCGCACGCGCUCAUUGAGAUUGACCCCGCCUCCAGUGAUGUCAGCAACGGAAUCAUCGCGCUGACCAAUGUGGCGGAGGAGGCACGUGUCAACAAAUUCACAGGUGGUCGUGGUGUAGCAGUGGGUCCCAUAGUGAGCAAUACUCUUCCUGAUAUCUUCUGUGAUAACGAAUACGGAGGAAACUUCCUGUUCCGGAACAACGCCAACGGAACCUUCACAGACGUGGCAGCCCAGGCAGGUGUGGAGGACUCCAUGCAGCAUGGUAGAGGCGUGGCGUUGGCGGAUUUCAACCGCGACGGGAAGACGGACAUCGUCUAUGGCAACUGGAAUGGACCACACAGACUCUUCCUCCAGAUGCCCACGCGCAAACACAGGUUCAAGGAUAUUGCCACCUCCAAGUUCUCGAUGCCUUCUCCGGUGCGGACGGUGAUCGCUGCGGACUUCGAUAACGAUAACGAGCUGGAGGUGUUCUUCAACAACAUCGCUUACCGAGGACCCUCUGCUAACAGGCUAUUCAGGGUUGCGAGGCGGGAACAUGGUGACCCGGCUAUAGAGGAGCUGAAUGUGGGAGAGGCAGCCGAACCAGAGGGACGCGGAACAGGAGCGGUGGUAAUAGAUUUUGAUGGUGAUGGACGCCUGGACCUGAUCGUGUCUCACGGAGAGAGUGCUGCACAACCCCUAUCAGUCUACAGAGUCAUACAGGGUUCGUCUAACCGUUGGCUGCGUGUGAUUCCGCGUACGCGGUCGGGGGCGUUUGCGCGCGGGGCCAAGGUGGUGGUGUACACACGCCGCUCGGGCCCCCACACACGCAUCAUCGAUGGAGGAUCAGGAUACCUCUGCGAGAUGGAACCUGUCGCUCACUUUGGCCUGGGUAAAGACGUGGCGACUAGCGUAGAGGUGUUCUGGCCUGAUGGGCGCUCGAUGGCCAAGCCUCUGGACCGCAGCGAUAUGAACACGGUUCUGGAGGUCCUCUACCCCAUAGAUCAAAACACACCUGCUCCAGACAUAGAGUGUGGACAUGGCUUUUCAGCCAAUGAACAGGGCCGCUGCACAGAUGACGAUGAGUGUGUGAGGUUCCCCUCGGUGUGUCCUGCGGAGCGCCCCGUCUGCACGAACACCUACGGCAGCUUCAAGUGUCGCGCCAACAAACGCUGUAACCAUGGCUACGCACCCAACGACGAGGGCACCGCCUGUGUUGCCCAGGUAGCGUACUUCGGCGGGAGCCACUCGGGCGGGGAACUGGGCAGCGGCGGAGCAGGAAUGACCUGA